GAAUGGAUAAGGUGUUCUACGGCUGUGUUACGGAUACUAUCCGGAACUCACCCGCAAGCCCAUCCGCGGCAGUGUGAUUCUAGCUUUAAUAAGCAGAAUGAUAUUAAUGUUUAAUUUAUAUGCAAGAUGUAAAGUUAUAUUAUGACUGAACUAUUGUGUUGCAUACUAAUAGAGCAAGUUUUAUCUUGUCCAUAUAUAGAGAGAAACUCUUAAUCAAUACAGUACCAUCUAUGUUGUAUAAAGUGUUGCCGUCAUUGUUAUUUAAGCUGAGUGGAAAAGUUAAAAGUUGUUGCAAAAAAAAAAUGAGAAGCUAGAUUUUACAUAGUUGAUAACGACACGUGGUUUAGGGAUUUACUUGUCGUAUUUAGGGACGCGGUCAAUGAUAAAGUUCAAUGUAAUGGACGUCUAUCACGCGAUGCAAAGAUGGAUUGAAAAACUUUAUGCCUGUCACCGUGACACCACUGAACAGGUGUCGGAUCAGUGUUUAAAGUGAACAAGAUGAUGCAAGAUUGUGUUUAAGUUUAAAAUUAUGGAAACGGAAAAUAAAAACCCGGCUUUAACAGAUAGCAACGGGGAAAUGAUGAGGAAUGGUAGAAACGAAUUAAAUGAAAAGGGCGAUAUAGUGGGGACUUCAAGACAAUCUAAUAUAAAUGGAUUUACAACAAUAAUGAACGAACAAACUAACACAGGCAGUAAAACAUUAAAAAUAGAAACUGUUGUGUCGUUAAAGAAACAAAUAAGUUUGGUACAGUCUGUAGCUAUUAUAGUGGGAAUUAUUAUCGGAUCUGGAAUAUUUGUGUCUCCCGUCGGCAUCCUGACUAAUGUAAAAUCCGUCGGCAUGUCGUGUGUAAUGUGGACUGUAUGUGGGGUUUUCUCGGGGCUAUGUGCAUUAUGUUACGCUGAAUUAGGAGCAUGUAUUCCACAGUCCGGCGGAGAAUAUAUUUACAUUAAAAGGGCAUUUGGUGAUUUUCCUGGGUUCUUGUGUCUCUGGAUUAACUUUAUUAUCAUUUGUCCUGUCGGGAUAGCCGCAUCGUCGUUGAUAUUUGCAACUUAUGUCUUAAAGCCAGUAUUUCCCGACUGCGAGCCGCCGGCUACAGCUUUAAGGCUUUUAGCAGCACUUGUUGUCACAUUGUUAGUCAGUAUCAACUGUAUAAAUGUGAAAUGGUCGACAAAGUUUCAAGUUGUAAUCACCACGAGCAAGCUGGGAGCUCUUAUGAUGAUCAUAGUAAUUGGUUUCAUUUACAUUGGAAAAGGUGAGAUAGAUAAUUUUAACGAUUCCUUUGCCGACAGCGACUUCAGUGCUGGUUCGAUUGCCAUUGCUUUCUACUCCGGGUUCUGGGCAUUUGGAGGAUGGAGUUAUUUAAAUUUUCUUACAGACGAAUUGAUUGAACCUCAUAAAAAUCUCCCGCGAGCUAUUGUGAUAUCAAUCACCAUAGUAACGGUGGUAUAUCUCAUAGCAAAUAUCGCAUACUUCGCCGUCCUUACACCAUCAGAGAUGCUAGCUUCUUCUGCAGUAGCUGUGACAUUCUCUCAGCUAACAAUACCCGCGGCAUCCUGGAUCACACCGAUUCUUAUCGCAAUUUCUGUGAUGGGAAGUAUCAACGGAAACUCUCUAUCCAUGUCAAGACUGUUUAUGACAGGAGCCGAAUACAAACAUUUACCGAGUUUUAUUUCAAUGAUCAACAUUAAAUAUCUCACACCAGCUCCCUCACUACUGGUCAUUAUGGUGCUGACAGUAAUAAUGCAGAGUUUUGAGGAGAUAUUCUAUCUCAUAGAGUUAAUGGGGUUCGGAUUCUCAAUGGUUCUCUGCUGUGUUUUCGCUGGUCAAAUCUAUCUCAGAUACAAGGAACCAGACCUGCACAGACCCAUUAAGCUGCCAAUAGGACUGCCUAUCUUUCUGUUACUGGUCAGUGUAGUGAUACUGGUGCUCACAGUGUACCAGAAGCCGAGCGAGAGUGGACUGGGGUUGUUGUUGAUUGCCUUUGGUGCACCGUUAUAUUUCGUGUUUAUCUGCUGGGGAAAUAAACCAAAGCCAGUACAAAACUUGAUUUUGAGGUGUACAUACCUGAUACAAAAGGUGAUGUAUGCGUGUCCUUCUGAAGGAGACAAGAGAGCAUUCUAACAUGGCAGCUUGACGAAACGACAACUUUAUUUUCCAAUUCUGAGAUUGCGUUGCAUUUAAGUUAUCAGCCCCUGGACAAGAUAUAGCUUGUUACAUUGCAAACUAUAUGUAUGUGAAAUAGUACAAAGAUAUUUAAAUAGUAAAAGCGUCUGUCACAUUUGUGUUUAAAUGGUUAUUUUCUCUUCUACUGGCUUAAAUGGCAGGUUUAACAGAGGGGCACAAAAGUACUAGUAUUUUAUCAGCACUUGUAGCGUCCAUAACUCACAGUCAACAUAUUUUGUAAGAUAACGGUGGCUUAGAAAUGACGACAUGGAUCCUUGUAUGUGUUUUAUUCAGCGGCUCCAAAUUGAUUUCGAGUACAUGUUAUAGUGUUUAGAGGUCCAUUGUGUCAAAGUCAGUGGACAUAUCAAGUAGAUUCAGGGCCUUAAGACAGUUUUCGUCAGUAGACUGGAGGAUAUCAUUCUGGACUUCCAUUUGAAAAGAAAAUCUAUAAUGUAGAUUACAGACUUUUCCCGGUUCCAUAAGGUGCCACACCAAACGGACAUUAACGACCUUCUGCGAGACAUUUGAAAUAAAUAGGGAUUUGGACACGGGCCUGCAAUAUUUUGAGAGUUGUAGGAUCUAAACCAGAUUUUUAGUCUUAUUUGAACUUUCUCGGCUAAGAGUAUUUGGUACAGUUUUCUAGUUUACUCUGGCAUUAUUGAUUUAUUAAGAUGUUUGUGGCACUCCAGAUGUUUCUAAAGUCAGUCGAUAUCAGAUAAAGUUCAUUGCAUUUGUUCGCUAGGUCUAACGUCUUCAUUCGCUGCAAAACGCAUUCGUCAAGAAUCCGCAAGACAAUUUGUUAUUUUUCGGAUAAUAUACUAGCAGCGAUAAAAUCUGCAUGCAACAAUAAAUGCAUAUCUGUUAACCUGAACUAAUACCAAUAAACUCUUCAAAAUUG